GGACGGUCCAGGGAGAAAGAUUCCCGACAACUCAAUCUAUACUUUGUAACCCUUUUUCCCCACCAGUACCACCACCACCAUUGCCAUUUCCCUCACUCACUCUUCUGUGCCCCACCUCUAUCCCUCGAACACUUUUCCUUCUUCUCUCUCUUUCCAUCUCCUUAACUUUCUAACACUUUCAAGGCCCUCCUUUUCUUCUUCUUUUAUUAUUCUGUCCAAUAAAUAAAUACCUCUUCUGCUAUUGCCACUUGCCUUCUUCUUCUUCUUCUGCUCCUGCUUCUGCUGCUUGCUUCUUCUUCUUCUUCUAUUACUACUACUCUUGUUUAGGGCUAUUCCCGCUACUGGCUGAGCCAGUCAUGGAGGAGCAGCAACAGCAAGGUGGUGCUUGUGAUUCUGAUACUGUCGCUCCCAUUCAUGUUCUUGCUGUUGAUGACUGCUUUCUUGAUAGGAAAAUUGUUGAGAAGCUUCUCAAGAAUGCUUCUUUUAAAGUUACUAGUGUUGAUAAUGGAAAGAAAGCAAUGGAGAUUCUUGGUUUGAGUCAGGAUAAAGUUGACAAAUCUACUUAUAAUGAUCAAAAGAUCGACAUAAUCCUGACUGACUACUGUAUGCCUGAGAUGAACGGCUAUGACCUUCUCAUGGCUGUUAAGGGGCACAGCAAUGUAAAAUCCAUCCCUGUCGUGAUAAUAUCAUCUGAAUAUGAUCCACAGAGAAUCAGCAGGUGUCUUGCUAAUGGUGCUGAAGAUUUCCUUCAGAAACCACUUCAACAAAAGGACUUGCAGAAGUUGAGAAGCUACGCUAGGCCAAUAUCCCCUGUACCCAAGACAGGCACAAAAAGAAAAGUCAAAAUGGAUCUAAUGCCAGAGAGUGGAGCAGCAGAAAGGCGACCUCGCGUUGCUGGAGUUGCUGUGGCUUAACCCUGCAUCAAUAUUGCCCCUUUCCCCUCUUUCUUCAUCUAUCUCUCACGACGGCAGCCAUGAUACUCUUCCCUGGGAGGAAAUGGUUCAGUGCCUGGUGGGGACCUGGUUGUGCUUUAUGCGACGAAGUCCAUUUGUGUUAUUGCGAGGGACCAAAAUAUUGCGGAGUAGAAAUGUGCAGCCAUGUUUAUACAAUAGGCCUUGUGGUCUUGCCAAUGUAUGUACUUCUGUUAAUAAUUAUGAAAGCAAUCCUUAUUAUGACAGGUUUCCAAA